AUGGAGAACCCUAGCCGCCCUAAACAACAGCCCCCUUAUCGCCAUCCUUCGUCCCCUGGUGUCACCAUCCUCAGCCCCAGUAACCCUCCAAUCUCCAUCAUCGUCUGGUUCCUGCCCAGUAGCCCUCCAUCGCUAUCAUCUUCAUCUUCUCAACACCAGCACGCAGUAGCCCUCUCAUCGCGCGGUCAGCGGUCCUCAACAGUCAACACUGGUAGCCCUCCAUCGACCCCAGUUAUGGAAAAUAGUAUUAAUCAAGAAGCAACUGCUGAUAACAAUGCUUCUGUGAAUAAUAACAUGCCUGCCGAUACUCCUAUUCCGAAUGAUGCUGCUAAUCCUAAUUCGUGUAGUGCUAACGAUAGUCAGUCACAAGGUUCUUCUAACCUUAAGGGAAAAACAGAUUUAGCUUGGAAAUAUGUUGCUCUACAAAUGAUGGAAAGUUUGUUGAAAGAUAUACAGACCACCAAAAAGAAAAGAAAAGUAAGUUUUGGUGAAGAGGGUGGUGAUGAGGUAGAGGAUGCAAUUGAUGAGGAUAUGUUGGAUGCUGUUGCUGGUAUUAGACCUGGUUACAAGGGGCCUUCUUAUGAUAAGUUAUGGGUUCAUUUGUUGGCUGAUCUUAAAAGAGAAAGUCAAAUGCUAGUUGAUAGUUAUAGGAGUGCAUGGAAGGAAACUGGAUGUACCCUCAUGGCUGAUGGUUGGACAGAUCAAAGACAAAGAACGUUAAUCAAUUUCUUGGAGUAUUGUUCUAAAGGUUUGUGCUUCGUGAAAUCAAUAGAUGCUUCCAGUAUGGUAAAAAAUGCUUCACACUUGUGUAAUUUGUUUUCUGAGGUGAUUGAAUGGAUUGGCCCAAAUAAUAUUGUGCAUGUUGUGACUGACAAUGCGGUCAAUUAUGUUGCCGCUGGUAGGCUUAUCAAUAGAAAAUAUGAUAAUAUCUAUUGGUCACCAUGUGCUGCUCAUUGCCUUAAUCUUAUUUUAAAAGAUAUAAGCAGCAUGGCGCAUAUUUCUAACCUUGCAACUCGUGCUUCAAAGAUCACAGUAUUUGUGUACAAUCAUACGAGCAUCUUUGACCGUAAAAAGGAGUUGCAACAAUUGGUUGUAGAUUCAAUUUUCACUGAUCACAAAUUAGGAAGGAGUGCUACUGGUAGAGCUGUGAGUGCUAUUAUUCUGGACUGCAAAUUUUGGGACGAUUGCUUUACUGUAUGUAAACUUAUGGGCCCUCUGAUUUACUUGCUGAGGGUUGUUGAUGCUGAUGACAAACCAUCUUUGGGAUAUGUUUAUGAAGGAAUGCUAAGGGCAGAAGAUGCAAUUAAGGAGAUGUUUAGGCAAUUCAAGACUGCAUAUCAGCCGUAUACAGAUAUUACCAACUCAAGAUGGGACAAGCAUUUGAAGAAAGAUCUUCAUGCGGCAGCUUACUUCCUGAAUCCUAAAUUCUUUUUUAAUGAAAAUUAUAAAGAAGCACCCGAUGUUAUGCGAGGUUUGCUUGAUCUUGUUACCUUGUAUUGCAAGUGUAACAAUUUGGAUUCAGUUCAGGCAAUGAAAGAAAUACAUUUAUAUAGAGAUCGGAAGGAAAGUUUUGAUAGACAAGAAGUUAUUCCAGCUGCAUCUGAACUUAAGCCUGGUGAAAUUGAUGCUGAUUUAUAUCAAAGUGGCAGUGGUAGUAGUGGUUUUUAUGCUGUAUCUCUUGAUUCUUCUGCUGAUCAGGGUGGGAAUGAAAGUGAAGAUCAUCCCACCGAAGCAGAUUUGCAACAAGCUCUUGCGAAUUUUGAUGAUUGA